UACCGAGACGUAGAUAGCGAGCUUUAAUGCGAAAGACGAAGAAACUUGGUCGUCAUUGUUCAUCGUGGUGUAAAGCCGCGUGCCACAACACGAGGACGAAACUUAAUUCUUGUCAUCGUUCGGGAGCGACAUUUCUGUUGGUGACAUCCUAAGGGUAGUGUCGAGCAACGUUGUUCAGGCAUUCUUUAACAGGUUUUGAAUCUUUCUCGGAAACUUUUCAGUUAGCUCUGUCGGAAAAGGACUCUCCCGAAGUUCGUCAAGCUGGAACGAGGGCAUUACCGGUAAUAAUUUGAGUUAGUAGCAGUGAAAUCUUGUUACUUUGCUUUUCCACCACUGUGAAUCCUGAGAAGAAACUACGAUACGAUUGUCGAGUAACGUGCCAAACUGUCGUCGCAAAAGUGAUUGAUUCUCAUGGCAGCACGGAAACUUGCAGCCCUCUUCACCGCAGUUCUGCAUCUUUGCUUAUGUCAAAUAACUCCAGAACCAUUGCCAGAAUUUUUAGCUCCUUUGGAGAAUCACACGGUGAUCCAGGGCCGUGACAUCUUCUUCACUUGUGUCGUGAAUAAUCUGCAUUCGUACAAGGUGGCUUGGAUGAAGUCAGAUUCUCGAGCAAUUUUGGCAAUACAUACACAUUUAAUAGCACAUAAUCCAAGACUCUCGGUUACGCAUAAUGGACAUAACACGUGGAAAUUGCACGUAUCGAAUGUUCAAAAGAAUGAUUCCGGUGCUUAUAUGUGCCAAAUCAACACAGAACCUAUGCGAAGUCAGAACGGAUACGUGGAAGUGGUGAUACCACCGGAUAUAAUAGACGAUAAAUCUGCCGAAGGCAUGGUAACUCACGAAGGUGGUGAAAUAAAGUUAAAAUGCGUUGCAACCGGUUCACCGGAACCUACCGUCACAUGGAAACGAGAAGAUGGACGGAAUAUCAUUCUUCGAGAAGAUGGACAAAAGCAAUUGUUAAAAACUUACGUAGGUGAAACUUUAGAAUUAACUGGAGUUCUUCGACAAGAAAUGGGCACGUAUCUUUGCAUAGCAAGCAACAAUGUACCUCCAACAGUCAGCAAACGUUACUCUGUACAAGUUCAUUUUUCACCUGUUAUAAAAGUAACAAAUCAAUUAGUAGCAGCUCCAGUCAAUAGCGAUGUUGUUCUUCAAUGCCACGUUGAAGCUUCCCCACAAGCAUUGAAUACUUGGCAUCAAAAUACAGGUGAAAAACUACUGCCCAGUGAAAAAUAUACAAUGUCAGAAUAUGCAUUGAACGAGUAUUCUUGGCAAAUGAACCUUACCGUUAACUCUUUAGAGAAAAAAGAUUUUGGAGAGUAUGUUUGCUCAUCCGUAAAUGCUCUUGGAAAAGCUGAUGGCAUUGUUCGUUUACAAGAAUUACAUCUUGUUGCAAAAACAACUCCUGGCCCUUUCAUAAAAAUGACCGAUCUGAAACCUCGAAAGAAACUUAUAUCGAAAGGGAAAAAAAAGAGUAGUAAUAACAACGGCAGGAAGAUACAUAUAGGUUUCGAAGAUUUUGAUUCUCAUGGACACGAUGAAGAUCUUAGUACUACGCAAAUUAUGGCUGGUAGUACACUUCAAGAAGGCCAUAGAACAGAAAGGCCAUUGGUAUCGCCAUCGCUACCUCCACCAUGGUUAAAUAUUAACACUGCCAAUUCGAGGCAUUGUUUGGAACAGAUUACGCUAUUUUUAUUAAUCUUAAGUAUGAUAUUUAUAUUUUAAAAUAUACGUUAUUGAGAGAAAAAAAAAUAUAACAACGAAAUAAAUAUUGACAAAGAAUUAAAACGAUUCGGGAAUAAGAUAGGAAAUAAUAAUUAUAUUUGAUUAAUUUCUAUAUAUAACUAGAAGAAUUUUUUUAUAUUAAAAUAAGAAAUGUGUCGUUACUUUUUACGACUGUGAUAAAGAGGAACAAUUUAAUAAUUUAUUUAUAUAUAUUUAUUUACGAUUACUAA